AUGCCAGCUCUGGUCUCUGGCCACCACCACUCAGAGCAGCCAGAAGAGGAAGAGAUGCCAGCUCUGGUCUCUGGCCACCACCACUCAGAGCAGCCAGAAGAGGAAGAGAUGCCAGCUCUGGUCUCUUGCCACCACCACUCAGAGCAGCCAGAAGAGGAAGAGAUGCCAGCUCUGGUCUCUGGCCACCACCACUCAGAGCAGCCAGAAGAGGAAGUGAUGCCAGCUCUGGUCUCUUGCCACCACCACUCAGAGCAGCCAGAAGAGGAAGAGAUGCCAGCUCUGGUCUCUUGCCACCACCACUCAGAGCAGCCAGAAGAGGAAGAGAUGCCAGCUCUGGUCUCUUGCCACCACCACUCAGAGCAGCCAGAAGAGGAAGAGAUGCCAGCUCUGGUCUCUUGCCACCACCACUCAGAGCAGCCAGAAGAGGAAGAGAUGCCAGCUCUGGUCUCUGGCCACCACCACUCAGAGCAGCCAGAAGAGGAAGAGAUGCCAGCUCUGGUCUCUGGCCACCACCACUCAGAGCAGCCAGAAGAGGAAGAGAUGCCAGCUCUGGUCUCUGGCCACCACCACUCAGAGCAGCCAGAAGAGGAAGAGAUGCCAGCUCUGGUCUCUGGCCACCACCACUCAGAGCAGCCAGAAGAGGAAGAGAUGCCAGCUCUGGUCUCUUGCCACCACCACUCAGAGCAGCCAGAAGAGGAAGAGAUGCCAGCUCUGGUCUCUGGCCACCACCACUCAGAGCAGCCAGAAGAGGAAGUGAUGCCAGCUCUGGUCUCUUGCCACCACCACUCAGAGCAGCCAGAAGAGGAAGAGAUGCCAGCUCUGGUCUCUUGCCACCACCACUCAGAGCAGCCAGAAGAGGAAGUGAUGCCAGCUCUGCCCAAGGACAAAGGAUAG